CUGGAGUGUCCUGCAAGCAGCCGGGCUCUGACCCCCAGGCCUUCUCUCCUGCACCCAGGCGUGGAUCCCUGAGCUUCCGCACCCUCCCCCGGACAUGGCAGGUCCUGCCACCAUCACAGCCAGCCUCCUGCUGCUGGCUCUCAGUGCCCACCACCUCAUCCCUGCAGGCGCCGUGGUCAUCCCCUCCUCCUGCUGCAUUAACUUUAUUCCUAAGAAGAUCCCUGAGAGCCACGUGGUGAGCUACCAGCUGUCCAGCGGGAGUGUCUGCCCCAGGGCAGGUGUGAUCUUCACCACCAAGAAGGGCUACAAAGUCUGCAGCGACCCCAAGCAGCAGUGGGUGCAGAGCUACAUGAGGAACCUGGAGGCCAAGGGGAGGAAAUCUUCCAUGGGGGCCAGAGCCCCGGGUGGCAGACGUCCCGGACAAACACGGGCUUGAGGCGGCCCACCGUCUAGUCACCGCUCGGCCCUCUUGCCCUGAUUUGGGGACAGAAGGGCGAGGGCUACUUCUCCUGUCUCUUUAGCAUCACUCCCUGGGGCCCAAGCAGUGGCCUCCAGCAGCCUGGGCCCUCCUGGCCUUGCCUGAGCUGGGUGAGAAGGUUCCAGAAGGAGUGUAGCCCUUUGUCCUUCUCCGUCUGACCUGGUGCUGGCCUGCCUCUGACUUGCAUCAGAGCCCAGGCGCGAGGCUCGAGUACCUGUAGAGACAGCUUGCUUGGACUGCAGGCUGCAGCUGGCUUCAGGGGGCCCUGUGGUCUCGGGGUGGGGCUGUGUGUCUGGGCAUGGUGACCUGUCACAGUGGCAGCCCUGCACAUGUUGGGGACACCCCAGGCUGGUCCCACAUUGAGCACUUUUGAGCGAAGGGCCCCUCUGCUGCCUGCCUCGCCAGAUCCCAUCCCUCGCUAGAUACCAUCCAGGGGCUACAAUGAAUCAAGUUGUAUAAAGAAAUGGAUGUGCAGGAUCCGGGCGGCUGGGCAAUUUCACUGCUCUGUGUCGACUUCAAGACAUUCUCCUUGAAGGCACCAGCUCCGUGCUGCUUCGGGGACAAAGAUCUGCUCUGUUUUCCAAGCUGGGCUUUGCCUACAUUUUGGUGAGAGGAACACAGGGUGGGAGCUGAGGAGGAAGACAGACCCCAGCUUGCUGUCCCCUAUGCAUGAGACUCUGUGUGACUUAUCCAGUGUACACUGUUCUCAAAUCAGAAUCCAAGUAAAAGGUGAUUUCUCCUCUGAA